CUCGCGAGGUCUGUCCUGCACUAGACAUGGCUGGGGUUUUGCUUCGCAGUGUUCAGGUGAGACUGGAGGACGUUCAGUGGUAUAGGGUAAACCUUAAUGGAGGCAAUUAGCUGGGUUACAUGGAGUGUAACAAUAAGGGGAUAGACCUUCUGUGUGACAGCAGCAUGUGUCUCAUUGUACUGACCUUAGCUUUAUCACAUGAACCUUGUAAACAUCUGUCAUGUUCUAAUGUCAUAUAUAAUAUUAUUGUUUUUGUAGGUUAAUAUUUAUUAAUAUGUUUUAGCAUACAGAAUCUAAGUCACCAGGCUGUGACAUGAUUAUGGUUAAGUCAGAUUUAUUUUCUUCUUCCAAAAUAGCUACAUUUUGGCAUUCCAGACUAGUGGUGUUGUGGAGACCGGCUUGGAGACUAUGGUGAGGCCUAAUAGAAAGCAGUUGUUGUUGGGUGAUUCCAUUAUAAGAGUUGUGGAGAUGGACAAUGGUGGUCUUGUGAGGUGUCUUCCCGGAGCUACUGCUCACAGAGACAGGAGACGUAUCUGUAAUAUUGUUAAGCAAGCAAAGCAGGAAGGGGAAUUGGAUGUACUUGUCCAUCUAGGGACAAAUGACUUGGCUUGCAAUGAGGUUUCAGAGGUUAAAGAAGUUUUUAGUGUUUUUGCCAAUGAUAUACGGCAGGUUGCUUCCACACUGUCAUUCUCUGAAGUUCUGCCUGUGCAUAACACUCAGAACGACAGGCGGAUGCGUAUUAGGGACUUUAAUUUGUGGCUUGGUGAAUGGUGUCGGAGCAAGGAUUUGGCUUUAUUUCUUCAUGGUAGCUCUGUUUGAAAUGGAGAUAAGCUGUACAAAAAAGAUGGUUUGCAUCUUUCUCAAAAGGGAACAAAUGUUCUCAGUGAGCAGUUCAGAGGUUUUGCUAGGAUGUAUUUAAACUAGGAGGGGGGGGCAAAAGGGUGAUAAAACAUCAAUCCAAUUGUCCCCCAAAACAAGGACAGAAGGUGCCUGUAGCAAGUGUGUUAAAAAAUGAUAAGCUUAGAGUCAUGUCUACAAAUGCUCGCAGUUUAGGGAAUAAGAUCCAUGAACUUGUGGCAAUAAUGGCAACUGAUAGUGUAGAUUUAGUCGCUGUUACUGAGACAUGGUACAAUGAGAAAAUGACUGGGACAUAGCAAUACCAGGGUACUCUUUAUAUAGGAAAGAUAGGGAAGGCAAGAAAGGGGGAGGGGUGGCCUUGUAUGUGAAGGAUAGCAUAAAAUCUAGCCUAAUAAAAGUUAGUGAGGCAAACAUAGAGUCCGUUUGGGCUACGUUAGAAUUUGGUAAUCGCACAGUAACUCGUGUAGGUGUGAUUUAUAGGCCCCCUGGACAAAUUGAAGAGUUAGAUAAUCUACUAGUUGAGGAAAUAGCUAAAAUGACAAUGAAGGGGGAAGUUAUCAUCAUGGGUGACUUUAAUCUUCCUGAUGUAAAUUGGAAAACAAAAUUAGCUACUUGUGCCAGGAGCACACAUAUUCUAAACUCCCUACUGGGAUUGUCUCUAAAACAAGUUGUCGAGGAGCCAACUCGUAAAGAGGCCAUACUAGAUUUAGUGUUAACAAAUGGAGAUUUGGUAUCAGAUGUUACUGUAGGUGAAAGUUUAGGAUCCAGUGAUCAUCAGUCAGUAUGGUUUAAUAUAAGAACAGUGACUGAGUCACACCACACAAAAACAAAAGUUUUAGACUUUAGAAAAACAGACUUUUCUAAAAUUAGAAUGUGGGUAGAGGAGUCAUUAUCAGACUGGAGCAAUUUAAAUGGAGUCCAAGAAAAAUGGGAUUAUUUAAAAGUUGCACUAUUGAAGGCAACAGAAAAUUGCAUUAGGCUUGUCAGUAAAAGCAAAAAAUUCAAGAAACCACUGUGGUACUCCGCAGAUGUGGCCAAAAUAGUUAAAAACAAAAAGUUAGCAUUUAGGAAUUAUAAAAAAAACCCAGAGUGAGGAAGACAAAAUGAUCUAUAAGAUUAGGCAGAAAGAGGCUAAGCAAGUUAUAAGAGCUUCCAAAUCACACACAGAAGAGAAAAUAGCACAGUCAGUAAAAAAGGGGAUAAAACAUUUUUUAGAUACAUAAAUGAGAAAAGAAAAGUAAAACAAGGAUUAGUUAGAUUAAAAACAAAAGAAGGAAGGUAUGUAGAAGAGGAUAAAGGUCAGGCUGACUGCCUCAAUGAAUAUUUUUGUUCUGUAUUUACAGAAGAAAAUGAAGGAAAGGGACCUCAGUUGAGAAAAAGGAUAAAUGAGUCAUUUAUUACACGUGAGUUUACAGAGGAAGAGGUUCUAUUUCAACUGUCAAAAGUAAAGACAAAUAAGUCAAUGGGACCUGAUGGAAUACACCCAAAGCUAUUAAAAGAGCUUAGUGGUGUACUAGCAAAACCAUUAACAGAUUUAUUUAACCAAUCAUUGUUAACAGGAGUAGUCCCAGAAGAUUGGAAGUUAGCGAAUGUUGUGCCCAUUUACAAGAAAGGUAAUAGGGAGGAGUCGGGCAACUAUAGGCCAGUAAGCCUUACUUCAGUAGUGGGGAAAGUGAUGGAAACCAUGUUAAAGGAUAGGAUUGAUGAACAUCUAAAAACACAUGGAUUUCAAGAUCAGAGACAACAUGGGUUUACUUCAGGGAGAUCAUGCCAAACUAAUCUUAUUGAUUUUUUUGAUUGGGUAACUAAAAUUAUAGAUCAGGGUGGUGCAGUAGACAUUGCUUACCUAGAUUUCAGUAAGGCUUUUGACACUGUUGCACAUAGAAGGCUUAUCAAUAAACUGCAAUCUUUAAGUUUGGAUUCAAUAUUGUUGAAUGGGUAAGGCAGUGGCUGAGUGACAGGCAACAGAGGGUUGUAGUUAAUGGAAUAUAUUCGAAGCUUGGACUUGUCACCAGUGGGGUACCUCAGGGAUCUGUACUUGGACCCAUUCUCUUUAAUAUUUUUAUUAGUGAUAUUGCAGAAGGUCUUGAUGGUAAGGUAUGUCUUUUGCUGAUGAUACUAAGAUAUGUAACAGGGUUGAUGUUCCAGGAGGGAUAAGCCAAAUGACAAAUGAUUUAGGUAAACUAGAAAAAAUGGUCAGAAUUGUGGCAACUGACAUUUAAUGUGGAUAAGUGCAAGAUAAUGCAUCUUGGACGUAAAAACCCAAGGGCAGAGUACAGAAUAUUUGAUAGAGUCCUAACCUCAACAUAUGAGGAAAGGGAUUUAGGGGUGAUUAUUUCUGAUGACUUAAAGGUAGGCAGACAAUGUAAUAGAGCAGCAGGAAAUGCUAGCAGAAUGCUUGGUUGUAUAGGGAGAGGUAUUAGCAGUAGAAAGAGGGAAGUGCUCAUGCCAUUGUACAGAACACUGGUGAGACCUCACUUGGAGUAUUGUACACAGUACUGGAGACCGUAUCUUCAGAAGGAUAUUGAUACCUUAGAGAGGGUUCAGAGAAGGGCUACUAAACUGGUUCAUGGAUUGCGGGAUAAAUCUUACCAGGAAAGGUUAAAGGAUCUUAACAUGUAUAGCUUGGAGGAAAGACGAGACAGGGGGGAUAUGAUAGAAACAUUUAAAUAUAUAAAGGGAAUCAACACAGUAAAGGAGGAGACUAUAUUUAAAAGAAGAAAAACUACCACAACAAGAGGACAUAGUCUUAAAUUAGAGGGACAAAGGUUUAAAAAUAAUAUCAGGAAGUAUUACUUUACUGAGAGGGUAGUGGAUGCAUGGAAUAGCCUUCCAGCUGAAGUGGUAGAGGUUAACACAGUAAAGGAGUUUAAGCAUGUGUGGGAUAGGCAUAAGGCUAUCCUAACUAUAAGAUAAGGCUAGGGACUAAUGAAAGUAUUUAGAAAAUUGGGCAGACUAGAUGGGCCGAAUGGUUCUUAUCUGCCGUCACAUUCUAUGUUUCUAUGUUUCUAUGUUUCUAUGUUUCUAUUCCCAUUCUAAUUUACUCUUCAUAGUUUAGUGGAUAGGCUGAUCUGUGUUUUCAGUUUGGUUGUAUUUGAUUAAAAUUGGAAAUUCCCUCUGACUACCCACACUUUUCAGGGAUUUGUUGCUUAUAAUCAGAAUUAUAAUUUGGGUAAAAUUGCUUGUGUUUGAAUAGUGUUCUAAAUGUACUACAAUCACUGCUAAAGAAAGUAGAAAAAAAACCACCUUUUUGCAGCAAUAACUUUUUUUCUGUAUGACUUUAUCAGUCUCGCAUGCUUGUGGAGGAAUUUUGUCCCACUCUUCUUUACAAUGUUGCUUAACUUUUUGGAGGUUUGCUGCCAUUUGUUUUUGGACAGCUCUCUAGGCUCUGCAACAGAAUUGCGAUCGGGUUGAGGUUUGGACUUUGAUUGGACUUUUGCAACACCUUGAUUCUUUUAUUUUUCAGCCACUCUUUUGUAGAUCUGCUGGUGUGCUUGUAAUAAUUGUACUUUAGCAGGACCCAAUUUCGGCCAAGUUUUAGCUGUCGGACAGAUGGUCUCACAUGUGACUCUAGAAUACUUUAGUAUAGAGAGGAGUUAAUGAGCGACUCAAUGAUGGCAAAACUCUCUGGUUCUGUGGCUGUAAAACAAGCCCCAAUUAUUAUUAUUACUACUAGUGAUUAUAUAGUGCCAACUUAUUCUGCAGCGCUUUACAAUAAUAUGAAAGGGCUAAAUUUAACAAUAAACUAGACAAAUACAAUAGGUAGAUGGAGACCCUGCCCAAAUGAGCUUACAGUCUAGAGCAGUUGGGGGUAUAAAAACACUAUGGGCAGCAAGGCUGACCGCAACCAAGCAAGGAGGGAACAUAGCGGAACUGGAGGUGAGAGUGGAGUGUGGCUCUUUAGGAGAGAGGAAGAGACAGAUAUGUGACAUAGAAGUUAGUGUGGGAGGUUAUAAGCAUUUCUAAACAGAUGGGUUUUGAGGGACUUCUAAAGCAAUAGAAGACAUGGGGAUAGGCAGUCUGUUCCAAAGGAAAGGAGCUGCCUGUGAAAAGUCCUGCAAGUGCGCGUUAGCAGUGAGGGUACGAGCAGGAGAAGGUCACCGGCGGAGAGACCAAGACCAAAUCAUCACCCCUCCGCCACCGUGCUUGACAGACGGUAUGAGGUGUUUGUGCUGAUAUGCUGUGUGUUAUGGCCAAACAUCUCCACUUUGGUCUUGUCUGUCCAAAGUACGUUGUUCCAGAAGUUUUGUGGUUUGUUCAGAUGCAAAUUUGGAAACUUAAGCCAUGCUGUCAUAAUCUGUUUAGAGAGAAGUGGCUUUCUCCUGGAAACCCUUCCAAACAAACUAUACUUCUACUGGAAUGAGUGUUACAGGGACACUCCAGGCACCCAGACCACUUCUGCCCAUUGGAGUGUUCUGGGUGCCAACUCCCAUCACCUUUAACCCUGCAAGUGUGAUUUUGGCAGUUUUUAUAAACUGCAAUAAUUACCUUCAGGGUUAAGUCUUCCUCUAGUGGCUGUCUAUCAGACAGCCACUAGAGGGUCUUCCAGGUUCUUAAAACCCGAAAAGUGUUUUAAACGAUGCUGGACAUCCUCACGCAAUGCAUAAAGACCACCAGCAUCGCCAGAAUCCCCAUAGGAAAGCAUUGAAUAAUUCUUUCCUAUGGGGAGGUCUAAUGCGCGCGUGCGUCCCUCGGCGCUGGAUUCAGGUAAGUCACUAUAGGGGUUUUAAUGGGGGGUGGGGGUGAGAGGGAGAGGGGCACUGCAGGAACCUACAGUGCCAGGAAAACAGAUGUUUUCCUGGCACUGGAGAGUUCCUUUUAACACUGAGGCCUGUAAAUGUAACUCUUAUUUAUUUUUUUUCAAUUUCCGAGUAUUGCACCAUCUGGCCUUUAAACCCUUCUCAGUUUAAAGAGAUUCUAUAGUGCCAGGAAAACCAAGCCAUUUUCCUGGCAAUAUAGGCCUCUACAGCGCCUCCCUCCCGUGGUUAAAACCCCUUCAGUCACUUACCUGAAUCCAGUGCCAAUGUCCCUUGCGCUGGGACAGGCUCUGCCCACACUCCUCCCAUCCAACGUCAGCCGGCGGGGUGACCUAAUGUGCAUGCACGGCAAUAGCCACAGGCGCAUUAGUAUUUCCUCAGAGGAAAGCAUUAAUCAAUGCUUUCCUAUGGGGAAAAAUCUGACGCUGGAGGUCCUCAUGCAGAGUGUGAGGACAUUCGGCGUCCAAUAACGGACCAAAGGUCUAUUUCAAAUCAGGAAGCUUUAUGUGUGAAGAGUGUGUCCUAUAUUUAUUCUGCUGCACAUGGAAGUCUGUGAUUGGACAACCAUAGAAUGUCUGGGUGGAGUUAGAAGGGGAGGGCAUGCAAAGGCUGCAGACAAGACAACUGAAGGUUUUGUAAGGAUUUUUUUUUUUUUGUAGAUAUAUCACAAUCCAAAAAACUCACAAUUAAAAUCAUGCACGUCUCUCCCUUUACCAUAGUGUUUUAAGUGUGUGUGUCUCGUGUGUGUGUGUGUGUGUGUGUGUCAUGUGUCAAACUGCGAGGAAGGUUUACUUUCCCAGCCCCACUCUCCCAGAUCUGGCGUUAAGCCACCGCCAUGAACAAAGCAGUAAAGUUAAAAGGCUACGCAUUUAAACCAUAAACAUAUUGUUAGAUUUUUCUAGUUAUGUCAGGUAUGGUUUAACUACAGUUUCAGACAGGUGACCAGUUUUUGAUCUUUUUCGGGAAGAUUGUUCCAUGGGUGCUAUGCUUUAUAUGAGAAGGCUGUCAACCAGUUUGUUUUCUACAGGGUAUUAUUAGUAAAGUACUGGGUGUGGAUCAGAGAUUAUAGUGUUGUGAGUAACUGCAGCAAGGUAACCGAGCUAGUGUUUGAACCUUACCAAAGAUGUUACUAUCUGGAUUAUUGCCUAAUACAAGAAUUGUUCUGGAUUCUUAGUGAUUUUCAAAUUUAAAGGACCACUCUAGGCACCCAGACCACUUCAGCUUAAUGAAGUGGUCUGGGUACCAGGUCCCUCUAGGAUUAACCCUUUUUUUUAAUAAACAUAGCAGUUUCAGAGAAACUGCUAUGUUUAUACUGAGGGUUAAUCCAGCCUCCAGAGCCUCUAGUGGCUGUCUCAUUGACAGCCGCUAGAGGCGCUUGCGUGCUUCUCACUGUGAAAAUCACAGUGAGAAGACGCCAGCGUCCAUAGGAAAGCAUUGUAAAUGACGUCGCGAGCAAGGAGGAGAGGAGGAGUACAGCUCCCCGCCUGGCGCUGGAGAAAGGUAAGUGUUUAACCCCUUCCUCUCUCCAGAGCCCGGCGGGAGUGGGACCCUGAGGGUGGGGGUACCCUCAGGGCACUAUAGUGCCAGGAAAAAGAGUAUGUUUUCCUGGCACUAUAGUGGUCCUUUAAGUUUAAAAUAGCCAAACUGGAAAAUUCUUCAAGUCUGUUAUACUUCCACUAAGCUUGAAUUUCACUUUGAAUUCUUAAAAAUUUUCACUUCAAAGACGCACUAUAGGGUUAGAGUAUUCCUGAUCCUAUAGUGUUAAAACCACAAUUUAGUCGUCUUCCCCCUACCCCCCGAAACUCCUUUGCCUCCCUAAAUAUAGUAAAUUCCUACUCAAAUUUAAGUCUGCAGCUGCUGCCUCUGACCCUAAUCUGCCUGCUUGGCUGACAUCAUCAGAAGUGGUGGUUCUCUGAGCCAUUCACAGUGCUUCCCCAUAGGAUUGGCUGAGACUGUCAAGGAGGCAGAUCAGGGGCAGAGCCAGCACAAGUCAAACACAACUCUGGCCAAUCAACAUCUCCUCAUAGGGAUGCUUUGAAUCAAUUAAUUGAAUUAAUGCAUCUCUAUGAGGAAAGUUCAGUGUCUCAAUGCAGAGGGUGAAGACACUGAAUGGUGGUGCUGCAGUGUGCAGCACUGACCCAGGAAGCACCUCUAGCACCCAUCUGAGGAGUGGCCAGUGGAGUUAUCCCUAGCCUGUAAUGUAAACACUGCAUUUUUCUGAAAAGACAGUGUUUACUGCAAAAAGCCUGGAGGGAAUGAUUAUACUCACUAGAACAAAUGCAAUAAGCUGUAGUUGUUCUGGUGACUAUAGUGUCUGUUUUAAUACAUAGUUCUGUAAUAAUUAGGACAAGAAAGGUGAUUUGCACAUCUUCACCAGUUAACCAGGAUUCAUCAUUUACCAUACCACGAUGAUGGGUAUUGCAAAUUCAUUGCAAGACAGAGCUAUGCAAUGAGUGGGGGAAGGAUUCUUAUAUUAAAGUGUGUUGCUCAAUCAUUAAUAGAUUGGGUGAGUAUGGAUUGGUUUCCCCCACUUUGAUUAAUUUAAUAUUGUCAUACUGAUAUACGUGUUGAUGGUUUUUGUAUAAUUGAGUUUGGUUUGUUUUUCUCCCCCAGACUUUGAGCAGAGGAGUCCCACGUUCUUUGGUCACAUCCCAGACACUACAUUACCGAUUAAAAUCUUCCAAACCAGAUGUCAUAAUAGAGCAGUCCAGAGAUGGUGUAGUUCACACCCCUCUCGAUACAUUCACAGAUGAAGAGAUCAUGAUUAGAGACAUGGGUAAGAACACAAUAUUUUCAAUUUGAGAUCCUCCACAUGACCGAUGACUAAGGCCAUUAUACUUGAUUUACUUCACCUUGUUAAAGAUGCACUUAUACCUCCAGCUGUGAAAUUACUUGCCUUAAAACCUUGGAGGGUGUGGGGGGGGAAUAAUUAUUUAAUGAGGAACACUGGAGGAUCGUGAUUAUUUUACUUCAACUCGGUGUUUUGUAUUUUUAACAGUGCGGAAAUUUUCACAAGAAAGAAUCGCCCCACUGGUAAAAAGUAUGGAUACCAACUCAAAAAUGGAGGCCUCUGUCAUCCAGGGACUGUUUGAACUUGGGGUCUGUAUUAUUGCUCACCUGAUAACUAUAUAAAGAUGUAUCUAGUGUAAAAAUUAAUUUGUUGUCUACGUAGCAAUAUCCAUAAUUGUCACAUUUUGAGAUCAGUGUGUAUAUAAAUUCAGAAACUAAAAGUAUUCAUUAUUUAAAUUAUUAUUUUUACACCUGUGCUAUAAUGCACUGUCAUGCCAAAGCAUGAGUUGGCGUUUGAUAUGUUAUGAGUACAUCAAAUUGCUAAUUGAACACUCACAUAUUCCAGAGCUAUAUGACCUAGCUCUGGUAUGUAACCCUGUUUGGUCACCACUACUCCAACAUUGAAGAGGAGUGGUUUCCCAUAAUGCACCACACAGCGUUACAUACCAGAGCUAGGUCUUUUGGCUCUGGCAUAUGUGAGUGUUCAAUUAGCAAUUUGAUAUACUAAUGUAUGUUUUAAGAUUUCACACUAUUGCACUUUACAUUGUAUUUAAAAGGAUAUGCAUCAGAUUGGAAAUUAUUGGAAAAUCAAAGCCAAGUGUGUUUUAUAUCCUGUAUAUCCAAAGUAAUUAAUGGCUAUGUCAUUUUAUAUAUAGCGCUCCACUGUUUUAUUUAAAACUUCUGUUCGUAAGUUAAAUCACUGUUAAAUCGUAAGUUAAAUCAUAUAUAAUUUUUUUUAUUUUAGUUUUAAUUCAUAAAUUUAUAUUGUUCUGUUAAAUGCUGCCAUCUGCUGGAGAAAAUUGAUUUAUGUUUGUGCAGGCAUUUGUUUUUCCAGUUUUGUUUUGGCUUUUCUUUGUCUUUUAAUGUAUAGCUGUACCCUUCUUUCAGCUGAUGGGAAUAGAGGUAGAUCCGAAGUAUGGAGGCACCGGUGCAUCUUUCAUUUCCAGCAUGCUGGUGAUUGAGGAACUGGCAAAAGUAGACCCUUCUGUGUCUGUUACUUGUGAUAUUCAGAAUACACUCAUCAAUGCCCUGUUUAUGCGAUUAGGGACAGAGGAGCAAAAGGAUACCUACCUUCCCCGACUCUGCAAAGAUAUGGUAAAGACUUGAUAAGCUAUUAGUGGAGAAAUUAGCAAAUACAGGCCUUGAUUUAAUUUAAUUUUCUUUUUUUUUACUGUUUAAUAAGCUUUGAAAAUGAUUUAAUAUUUUGAUUAACUUUGAAAAUGAUUUUUUUUUUUUUUUUUUUAAUAUGUUGAGAAAAACAAAUGUUUAAAACAUGUAUUAAAAAAUAUCAAAUUGUUUUGAAAAGUAUAUCCAAAAAUAUAUAUUAAAUUAUGGCCAUAUUCCUUGUGUCCCUUAGCAGAAUUUCCAUUGAUAGCUGAUAAUGAAUCAGACAUCAGUGCAGGCCGACCGUAACUGUUAUGAACUGAAAAAAGGAAUACAAACUUUACACCGAAUUGUUGGUCUUUAAUUUUGAAUAAAAAAUUUUAUAUUUGCUAGAGGUCAGUUCUUAUUAAAACUGUAGCAUUAGGGUUUACUUUAUGACAUACAGAGAAGAUUAUUUUUAUACCUAGAAAGGUUGUUUUUAUGUUUACUGUAAAAUGUAGGGUUUAGAAAGAUCACUCCUAAUGUGGGGUAUUUGAAAGCAAGUACUGAAAAUGUAUUAGAACCCCUCAUAAUACCUGCACCUGUAUUUCAUGUUCAUACAGAUACUUUGUUUACCACCUGAUCCGGUCCAGUGACUCCUUUCUCUUAUCAUUCCUUUGCCAUUCCAAUUUGUAUCUAUGUGAAUCUCUAUUUGUGUUCAUGCAGGUUGGAAGUUUCUGCCUUUCGGAAGCAGAGUCUGGUAGUGAUGCCUUCUCUCUGAGAACUACCGCUACCAAGAAGAAAGAUUACUUUGUUAUCAAUGGCUCCAAGAUGUGGAUUAGUAACUCUGAACAGGCUGGUGUCUUCCUUGUGAUGGCAAAUGCCAAUCAAUCUGCUGUAAGUUCACACAUUUCUUCCUUCUCAAUGGGAUUGUACAGUAGGUUUUAUUCCUUUUUUUUUUAAAUUUUUUUAUGUUGGCUUUUUUCUCAAAUUAGAAUAUUAAUACAAAGCAAAUCUAUAGGUAAUUUUACAGAGCAAUGAAUUUGCUAUACUGACUGCAAGCUAGUAUAAACUAAAAUCACAUGUCUGAGGUACAAUGCAUGCUUGAGGAAAGCCAUUGCACAACUUGUCCAUCUUGUCCUCUUGGCAGGUCCCUCACAUGGCAGGCAAUGUAGAGCUAGAAGCCAGAGGGUGGAUGGGGCGGAGAGUCAAAAUAAUCCGACGGUAUAACCCUGAACAGAAGCAUGGUGCAAGGUCACUCCAGACUUCAGUGAUGUGGUUACAGUGUGCAGAGUGUAUCUCUAAUGUUUGAAAGGUGUGGGGUGGUGGUGUCAUUUAUAGCCCAUUUGUUGGCAUUAAAUCGAUGGAAUGCAUUCCUGUCAGAGUUGUGAUCUUCUACAAGCAGGUAAUCAUUCCAGCUGUAUAAAUGCACACAAGUAAAACUAUAUGGAUUCAUUUUUGGCAUGGUGGAUAGGCCACUUGUUUCUCCGUUUUGUAUUUAUUUUUUUUAUUUUUAUUUUUUAUUUUUUUUACAAUGGAAUGCAGGAAAGCUGACUUUAUAUUCAUUCUAUUGUGUGUGUGUGUGUGUGUAUGUGUGCGCAUAAUAUAGAAAAAGAUUACUUGAGGAUUGUGACUUUAGUGUCUUCACAAUUUAUAAGCUAUAGAGAUAUUGUCGGCUUUUCUUUCUUUUCUAUAUCACAGGGCUACAAAGGGAUUACGUGUUUCAUUGUCCCCAAAGAUACUGAAGGAUUUCACAUUGGGAAGAAAGAGGAUAAACUUGGACUUAGGGCAUCUUCUACCUGCUCGCUGACAUUUGAUAAUGUCAAGGUAGGAGUGAGGAGAGACAUAUUCGUAAAUAAAAAUAAAUAAACUGAAGACAUAACUUUGGUAACGGUUUUAAAAAAUAAAAUUAAACUGGACAGCUUACAUUAUGGAAGAAAUAAUGAACCCACUGGGUUAAGAAAAUCUCUGGUUUCUCAAACUUGUUAGCAUACCAGAAUUUACCUUUUUACAUAUAUACACAUUUAAUAACACAUUGUCCAUUAUUCAUUUUGUUUCUCAUAUUCUGUGUUUCUUACAUUUUAUUGUAGAAAAUAAUUUGUGACAGUUUUUAUGCUUUUUUUUUUUUUUUUUGCUUUUUUUUAAUCACAGUAAUUGAAUUUUGGAUUUGUUUGUAAAGGGCGGUUAAGGGCAAACAUAGAGUAAAGAGAGUACAAUGGGCAUUCCAAUACCUGCAGAGGUACCUUAUCCCAACCUCUGUCCUGAAUGAGUUAGGGUGAGUGCUCCAUGGUGCACUAUGGUUAAAGGAAUCCUCUAACGUUAGGAAUACAAACAUGGAUUCAGAACGUUUGUGUUUUGCUUACUGUUUAGAUGUUUGAGUCCCACUGAGAUAAUUUGUUUUAUCUUUCUUCCCUUGCUGGUCUUGCUGUUGUGGCUGCUGCUCCUCCAUUGGCUGAGGUCAUCAUUGCAGAUGAUUUCAGCCAAUCCAAUAAUUCCCCAUAUGAAAAAGCUACUGCACAUGUGUCGCAAUUGCUGUGCUUAGCCAACUGGCAUCUCUUUAUAGAGAUUCUUUUGCUCAGGGCAUCUGUAUGAGAAGUGUUUGGUGAUUUUAUGCACAUAGUGAAGGCGCUAAGUCAUUCCAGCAAAGUUUGCAAAACCGCACCGGGAAGGUAUUUAGUGACUGUUUGAGUGACAGCCACUGGCAGUGUCCCCAGCUAGCAAUAUAAACACUGUAUUUCCUCAAAAGAGGCAAUGUUGACAUUGCUGAGGUCUGCAAGGACAAUCUCUUUGCACAUUAAGCUGUAGUAGUUCUGGUCAUUAUUAUUAUUAUUAUUAUUAUUAUUAUUAUUGCCAUUUAUAUAGCACCAACAGAUUCCGUAGCGCUUUACAAUAUUAUGAGAGUGGGGAUUUAACUAUAAAUAGGACAAUUACAAGAAAACUUAUAGGAACGAUAGGUUACAGAGGACCCUGCUUACAGUCUAUAGGAAGUGGGGUAUAAAACACAUUAGGACAGGAAAUGGCAAUCAAAUUAGGUGGUAGUGAAGCAGAGCUGGAGGAGAGAGUAGAGUGCUGCCCUUUAGGAAAGAGCAAGAGACAGGUAUGUGAGGUAGAGGUUACUCUGUGUCCCUAGUGUCCCUUUAAAUAUAAUUAUAACCAUUAGUCUCCCCCUAUCAUAUAUACAUUAUAAAUGCAACACUUUUGUUGUUGCCCCCAUUUUUCAUGAGCUGAACGCAAAGAUCCAAGACUUAUUCUAUGUACACAAGACCUAUUUCUUUCAAAUAUUGUUCACAAAUCUGUCUAAAUCUGUGUUAGUGAGCACUUCUCUUUUGCCGAGAUAAUCCAUCCACCUCACAGGUGUGGCAUAUCAAGAUGCUGAAUAGACAGCAUGAUUAUUGCAAAGGUGUUCCUUAGGCUCGCUGUGUGUCUGUGUGUAUAACCCCUCCCAGUGCUGGCAGCAUUGUUUAAGAGAAUAGAUCUUGUUUGAGAACAUUAAUCAUAUAAAUAGAAAUCUGCUGUCACUUACGAUUAUCUAAAAGUCCGGCUGGAUGGGUUUGUCAGAGAACAUGUAUAACAGAAGCAGCCUAUACCAAGAUAUAUAUUCAAAGACAAAGUUCUAAUUUCUUUGAGUGGCCAGAUCAAAUUUAGAGUUGUACAUUAGCUGCGUUGUUUGUUUUCCUUUUUGUCUGCAGGUGCCAGAGUCCAGUAUCUUGGGUACGUUUGGGCAAGGUUAUAAGUACGCAAUCGAAAUGCUGAACGAAGGGCGGAUAGGAAUUGCUGCACAGGUAGGCCAAGAAAUAUAAAUUAUACAGCUAUUACAUUUCUCAACUUCUAUUACAGGUUUGUGAGAAAUCACGUUCUAAUAUUUGUAAUGGCUGCUGUAUCUCAAUAAUGGCAUAUAUCUUAUGAUCUCUUCCUCUUUCCUUAUUCCAUCGCAGAUGCUGGGCUUGGCUCAGGGGUGUUUUGAUCAGACUAUCCCAUAUACCAAGCAGAGAAUACAGUUUGGAAAGAGAAUAUUCGAUUUUCAGGUUUGUUUCAACAUAAUGAAACAUGCAUAAUCCUUAUUGGCUGUGCUUUGUAAGACUGCCUUGUGUUCGGUCUUGUCAGUUCAAUAUAUUGUUCAUGUAAAAGAUCACUGCAAGCACCACAACAACUACAGCCUGCGCUGGUUGUGGUCUUGUCCAGAUAUAGAAACCAGAUUUAAUUUUGUGCAGGAACUAAUUUGUUGACCGAGUACUCAAAACUAACCUCUGGCUUCUACAGCACAGGUACCAAGUAAGUUACUGGUUACAUCAGGAUGUCGAUAGGGCACUCCUGGCUCCACUUUGUUAUUUGCAUUCAGAUAUAUGUUAAACAAAAUUAUUAACACAUCAAUGAAGUAAGAUAUAUAUUUUUUACUAAUGAUUAUUAUAAGCCACUCUCUGCAUUGAUCGUUGAUGCAAUCAUGCAAAGUUUUUAUAGUGCUUAGAGUAAACCUUUAAAGAACAUCUGUAAACAUAUGCAUGUGACAAAUCUUUCAUUUUACUAUUAAAAUGUUGUGAAACAUAGCUCAGAUCUUACAAAGAAGCAGUGCUCCAAAAACUCAAAUCUCAUCUUAUGAAAUGUGUCUGUAAGAUCUCCAUUCAACAAAAUACAUUACAUUACCUCCUGACCGCUAAACAUUUUACUGAAUCUAUGGGGAAAAAAAAAAAAAAUCAGUCUGUGUGUGUGUAUGUAUGUGUGUGUGUGUGUGUGUGUGUGUGUGUGUGUGUAUAUAUAUAUAUAUAUAUUAUAAUUCUUAAAUGGCCACCCCACUGAUAAGUUUAUAACACGAAUGAGAAACCCACAAAAAAGACGUAUAGAACCUACAACCAUAUGCAAUUACAGAAACAUUUACUGCUGAAGUGAAAUAAGAUUUUGGUCACCCCAACAAUAACUCCCAAACCACUUUCCAGUUUUUCAUUUUACAUGCUUUGCUUACUUUGGAGAUAAAGUGGGUGGGCACAAAUGAACAAUCAAAUCUCAAUUGUGAGUGCUGUCACAAUCGUGGCAAAUAUGCUUUUAAAUGCGUGGACCAUGAUAUGCACGUUUUGGUAGUAAAUGCGUGGACCGUGAUAUGCACGUUUUGAUAGUAAAUGCGUGGGCCGUGAUAUGCAGAUUUUGGUAGUAAAUGCAUGGACCGUGAUAUGCAGAUUUUGGAGGUAAGUGUAGAUUACUACAUUAUGCCAGAAGCAUUAAGAGUCUUUUUCAAACCCAGAGACUUCACUGCAGACCUGCCAAUUUACCCACUUUUAAUACUGUGUAUCAUUGAAAACUUUGUAGAAUUGUAUCUGAUGAAAUUUUUUGAUGUCCAUGUUAUAAGUUGCAGACAUGUGGUGGUGCAUAUUGACUAUAAGCAAUAUUUUGUUUUCAUGUUUAGGGUAUGCAGCAUCAGAUUGCACAGAUCGCAACUCAGCUGGAAGCAACACGUCUGCUGACCUACAAUGCAGCCAGGCUGCGAGAAGCAGGGAAACCCUUUAAAAAAGAGGCAUGUAUGGCCAAGUACUUCUCAUCAGAGGUAAGUAUAUAACGGUGGGUCAGUGGGCAUUGAAGGGCAUGCUGGGCAGCUUAUUUACAGCAGAAGUGUUACAAAUGUCAGCAAAGGAUUUCAGUACAAGACAACACCUUUUUACAAUCGAAAUCAAAUAUUGGAGAACCAAAGGGGGAGACUGUACUUUACCUGUGUGUAAUAAUUUGUUUAUUAAACUUUAUAUCUUUUAGGUUGCUUGUCUGACUACCAGUAAAUGUAUGGAGUGGAUGGGAGGAGUCGGAUUCACUAAAGAUUAUCCAAUUGAAAAAUACUAUAGAGAUGCAAAAAUUGGUGAGUGCUUCCACAAAGGAAAGGAACAGAAAGGACCGUUCUCUAGUGUUUUUUAAGAUCAAGAGGUGCAAUGUUUGCAUCCAUCUAACCCUAAGCGCAAAGCCCACAGACAUUCUACCCUGUCCAAAAAAAAAUAUUUUGUGAAGGGCAUAGAAGGGAAGAGGGAUAGGUUUGAAUGAAGUGGAUGGGACAAUGGUAAAGCCAGUAGCUCUUGCAGUAAGUCACACCCAGUCAUCACAGUCAGUGUGUAACUUUAAAGCAGGGGUUGGAAACCUUCGGCCCUUCAGAUGCUUUGGACUACAUCUCCCAUAACGCUCUUACAGCCAUUAUGUUAGUAAAGCAUCAAGUGAGAUGUAGUCCACAACAUCUGGAGGGCCGAAGGUUCCCCACCCCUGCUUUAAUGCAUUGUUGGGUAUUUCUUAUUGAAGCUAUAUUUUGGUUAGCUCAUACCUGUAACUCUAAAUAUUAUGUUUUAGAUUUGGUCACCAAUAAUGUGAUGUCAUAAAUCGUGGUCUGUGCUUUGGGCUAGCACACAGGAUCCUAACCUGAUUUAAUUUUGAGGCUUGUUACUCGAGCUGUUCUAAGAUAAAGUGUUAGAUAAACGAUGAGAGCAGGUGUGAUAAUGAGAUUUAACAAGGAGUCUGAAUUAUGGUGAGCGCCAUGUUUAAUACUUUGUGGACAUUACUUUGGUGAAUACUAUAGUACAUUACACUACACGACAAGUGUGUCUUAUACAUUCAGUCAAAAAACAUUUACAAAGUCAAGAAUCUCAUCAAAUGUAUUCUGUUCUAGGUACAAUUUAUGAAGGGACAUCUAACAUCCAACUGAGCACAAUCGCUAAAUUCCUUGACAAAGAAUACUAAGAAUCCAUCCACCUUGCUGAUGUUGCACAUCUUCAUAGAAUCAUUGCAGUACGGACAAAACAAUUUUAAUUAUGAGAGUAGAGGAUCAAAAACAUGUCUACAGUCAUACAAUGCCAUUAAACCAUGCUUUUCUGCCUUCUUUGUACUAUUUUCAUAUUUAGCUAGAUCUUUUCUGUCUCUGUUCGUCAAUGAAACAAUGAUGUUUUGUUUUUCAAACCUUUCAUUUUAAACUAUCCUUUAAUGUAAAUGUUAUUAAUAAUAACGUUUCUCUGUAGUCCGGAACAGCAAAUUCGAAUUUUCACAAUUCCUAAUAAUGUGUAAGAAACUCUUUGUAUCUGAUGUAAUAAUACGCAAGUCUCUCAAUUGUUAAACUCAGACAAAGAAUGUUGAUUUAACUCAGGUCAAACAUAGUUACUAUAAAUAUGUGUAAGUGCAAUAUAUAUAUGUUUUCAGUUUAAUUUCCCGGUUUUCUUUUAGAUAGCACCUUACCGGUUUUAUACAAGAUUUAGAUUUUUUUUUUUCUACUUUGAUCGAGCUUGUCAAACUCAUUAGCUCCAGAGAGACAUAUUAGCCAGUUUCUGUUUUAGAUCUGUCUUUCUUUGCAUAUAUAUAUUUCACCUUUUAUCAAUGUCAUUAUCAUCCCUACCUUUUUAUGCAUCAGUUUCCCUUGUUUCUCUCUCGGUUGUCUCUUAAUGUCUGAACUCCUCCCUGCCAGCCAUCAGCAUUGUAACCCCACUGUAUUUUUCUGUACUGGGAUAAAACGUACAAAUCACUGAGAGUGCUGGUAGCGCUUGGGAUAACAUUAAUAUGGUUCGAGUUAGAGAUGACAUUGAUUGCAGUUAGCCGUGAGACCUAUGUAGCUUUUGUUGCACAUCAUAUUGUACACCAUAUGUCCAAAAUUUGUUACAUUUUUGAUUAGAUGUUUGCUUUUUUAAAGGCAUUUAAAAAAAGGUUGUGGUAUAAUAAAAAAAAUAAAAAUAAAUAUUCAUAAUAAACAAGAAAACCUGUGUCUGAAUAGAAAUAAGAGUCCCAGCUUGCACAAAAAAAAACCCAUCUGGAUAUGUGUACUUAACAGGUUAAUCACCAAGAUCAUUUAAAAAAAAAAAAAAACACACCACUUAGGCAUUGAGACUGUUAGGGUUAAUCUCUACUGGCACCUAAAGGGAUCACAAACUGAUGUGGACAACAUAGGGUUAAUAUCGCUUUGCGAGGGUUCCAUUUACAAAGGAUUGCUGCAUUUCACGUGGCAGGAUUGAGAGAGUUGGUUAAGUUUUAUGGUUUAAGAUACAUUUCUCCAUUUUAUGGUUCUGUGACCAUCUCUUGGUUAUUGUGGCCAACCACAAGUGCAUCUUCCUCUGCAGAGCUUCCUGAUACGCUAUCAGUAAAUUUCCCGGAGUUUUACCAAAGGUGUUCGAACAGUACUAUCAAGACAUGAACCAUUAAACCUGGCUAAUACUGUUGUAAGUACUCUUUAAUCUUCUUAUUCCAGAAUUCUUGUAACUGAUGAGUUAAUCUAAGAUUGAAGGAGCUUCUCUCCUUUACUGAUAGCUUCCAUUCUUGAGGUGCCCCUUAGAAUUUCUAUAGGAACUUUACAAGUAUAUACAGAGCCAGUACAUACCGCAGUCUGGUUAUCAUCAGGAAAAUAUACCAGAAGGUAUCCUCAUCAUAGCGGUUGGUAAAGCCUACUAAGAAUUGUAUUCCACAAUAGGCUUUAUAUUGCAAUUCACCAUUUUGAUGGACACAAAGAAAGUAAGCACUUUGUAAAAAUGACACUUGAACCAG